AUGUAUUCAGUCACUAAGGCUAUUGGCCAAAACAACAACAUUGUUCCAGGUGACAUAGUUUCUCUUUCUACUAUACAUCAAUCUUGUCAUCUUAUUCCUCACUUGGGUCCUAACAUUAGUUGGCCUUCCAGCCGGAAGUCUGCUAAUGUUUUGGACUUAUGCAACAGUUUUCUUCUUAACAAUUGGUCAAGUAAAUUUGCUUAUCAGACACUUUGGUAG